AUGGCCCGCGUACAGCGCAAGACGCUCGACAUCAUCACCCUCUUUCACAAGGCCAGCUCGCCGGCCUCUGUCCGAGUCGCCAACCUGCUGAAGCAGGCGUCCGCGAGCGCACAGGCGAAUGCCACCUCAGACAGCCCCAUCAGCCGCGAUCCCUUUGAACUGAACAUCACCGAGGAUCCCCCCACCGUCGACCAGGUGCAGACGAUCCUGGCGUACGUCGGCCAGAGCGGCGCCUCCCAGAUUGUCAAGGGCGCGAGGGACGAUAAGGAUGCGCUGAAGAAGUUUAAGGAGAACAAGGACAACUUUCUGCGACCAUUGACGGUUGACUGGAGUAAUGGCAAGGCGGUUGCCGGAGACAAUGAGUCUGAGAUCCUGAAGCUUGUGAAUGCUCAGAAAUAGAGCGUCGAAGCAGAUGUUGUAUGAGCAGCUUUUGAUACUGUGACUUUUUGUGUAUACCCCACUCUUUACCAUGGACAUUUGGGCACUAUAGACGGUGGUGAGGAGAGAAUGAAAACAGGAUUGCUCUUUGAAAAAAAAAAAAAAAAAAC